AUGUCAGAUCACGAUAUUGAGAAACGCUCCGAUGACGGAAGAAAGGAAGGCGUUUUGUCUAGGGAAGGCUCCGAAAAAGAGGAGAUCAAUUUAACAACCUUCCACGAAAAGAGAGCAGGUCGUCUCGUCGUUUCACCCCAAGAAGCUCGCAUCGAAUUCGGAGAAGCCGUUGCCUCCAAAUUGAAGCUCUCCAAGGAUGGAACGAAGGUCCUUUGGCCACAACCCACUGACUCCCCGUACGACCCGCAAAACUGGAGCAACAGGCGUAAACAUCUUCAUUUGUUCAUUAUCACCCUGGCUGCAAUCGUGCCAGAUUUUGAUUCCGGCAUAGGUAUCGCUUCUAUAUUCCCACUUGCCACACAAUUCAAUACCACCACUGGAGUCAUCAAUAAUAUGACGUCUAACUGGAGUAUCUUCCUCCUUGGCUGGGGCGGAAUAUUCGCAGUCAUACUGAUACGUCGGUACGGUCGUCUACCAAUUUUGUUUUGGUCGCAGAUUUUCGCUUUGGGGUUCCUCAUCGGGUGUACAUUCGCGCCGAAUUUGAAGACAUUCACGGCAAUGCGCUGUCUCACCGCUGUUUUCGCGUGCGUUUACCAGACAUGCAAUAACCUUUUGCAGGGUCUCUAUGUGGUGACAGAUCUAUUCCCCUUCCACUUGCAAGCCCGGAAGCUAAACAUUUGGACCAUGGGCUUCAUCAUUAGCCCUUUCCUCUCUCCAUUUGCUUUCGGUUUCUUGGUUGCUCGAACAACCUGGCGCUGGGCAUAUGGAAUUGGGUGUAUUUAUGGUGCCAUUGUAUGCGUAUUAAUCAUCUUGUUCAUGCAAGAAACCAUGUACGACCGCACAAUUUCUCCUAUUCCUGAACCGGCUGCUCAAGGCGGCUUCCGAUAUCGUUUCGAGAGUCUCGUCGGCAUCUCUGGGUACAAGAUGGCCAAAUAUCGUGUAUCUUGGCAAGACGCAAUUCUGUCUCCAUUCAAGGUAGUUUGGCGCCCGCAUUUGUUAAUCAUUUUGAUUUUCGAGGCCAUGGUAUUUGGAUUCAGCAUCGGUAUCAAUACUACAAAUGCGGUGUUUCUAGGAAGUCCCCCGCCGUUAGGAUAUGGUUUCAGCCAAUUCGCCAUCGCAGGUGGUUAUGGUACACCCAUCGUUGCAGUCCUCAUUGGUGAACUCAUUGGUCGAUUCAAUAACGAUUUCAUUAUGAAUGUAAGUAUUAGGAGAAACAACGGAGUGUUCGAGGCUGAGAGUCGAUUGUGGGCAUGCUAUCUGGCUAUGCCUCUCUACAUAUGUGGCUUCGUUCUCCUAGGUGCAUCGUUCCAGGAUCACCUCAGCGUCGGAGCUCUCGUCAUGGGAUGGGGAAUUUCGGAGCUCGCGGUUAUGAUUAAUACUGUCGCAGUAUACGCUUACUGUAACGAUUGCUUCCCCAAACACCAGGGAGAAAUCAGUGCAUUGAUAAACUUGGCAAGAACUCUUGGAGGCUUUAGUGUAGCGUACUUCCAAGUGCCCUGGGCUUUGAAGCAUGGGGCUUUACAAGUUUUUGGGGUUGAAGCAGCCAUCGUGAUAGGUUUAUUCUUCCUAUCAGUACCUUUCAUUCAGAUUAAAGGACGGCGAUUGCGGGAAAAGUACUCAUUGUAA